UUUCACACUGGUUCGGAACUUAUAUUUCGUACACAUACACACUUGUAUAAAUAGGUGUAGAUGUAUGCAUCUACUACUAUUCAUUUCAACGCUAAGGUACAAAUCUCUUUCUAUCUCUAACUCUCACUAAAAAUCCGCCAUGCCGGCUCAAGUGAUCACUGAGCAGACCUUUCAAUCCCUCCACGACACCAUCAUGGAGGAUACAAAUUCAACUUUAUUUCAUAAGAGGUUGGAAGGAAAAGUAGCCAUCAUAACCGGAGGCGCACAUGGGAUCGGCAAAGCAACCGUCAAGCUAUUCGCGAGACACGGUGCCACGGUGGUGAUCGCUGACGUGGACGCCACAGCCGGCUCCUCCCUGGCUAAAUCGAUCUCAUCAUCCCAAGUCGCCUUCAUAAGCUGCGAUGUCUCGGUCGAAGCUGACGUGGAAAACCUAGUGAACGUGACCAUCGCACGUUACGGUCGGCUUGACGUGCUAUUCAACAACGCAGGAGUUCUCGGGGACCAAAAGAAACACAAAAGCAUAUUAGACUUCAACGCUGAAGAGUUCGACCAAGUGAUGCGUGUGAACGUGCGAGGCGCAGGGCUAGGCAUGAAACACGCGGCACGUGCCAUGAUCAAAAGAGGCUUUAAAGGUUGCAUAAUCUCGACGGCGAGUGUGGCCGGCGUGAUGGGUGGAAUGGGCCCACAUGCUUACACGGCGUCGAAGCAUGCGAUCGUUGGACUUACCAAGAACGCAGCUUGUGAGCUCGGGAGGUAUGGGAUUAGGGUUAACUGCAUAUCACCGUUUGGAGUUGCUACGUCCAUGCUGGUGAACGCGUGGAGGAAGACGAGUGGAUGUGGUGACAUGGAAGACGGUGAUGAUGUAGAGGAGAUGGAGGAGUUCGUGAGGAGUUUGGCUAAUUUGAAAGGAGAGACAUUGAGAGCGACGGAUAUAGCUGAAGCGGCGUUAUAUUUGGCGAGUGAUGAGUCAAAGUAUGUUAAUGGACAUAACCUUGUUGUUGACGGGGGUGUUACGACUGCGAGGAACUGUGUUGGUUUGUGAUGAUAUGUCUCUUCUCUAAUUAAUCUGAUAAUUAACUGGAUUUGGUAAAUCUUUUUGUUCUUUUUUGUUUGUGUCUUUGAGUUGUUGGAAAUUGCUGGUGAAUCAAUAAAACAGUGAUUUUAAUCAUUUGUAUAUGCCAACGGUACCUUUCUAUUUUUGUCGGCAAUCGAUUAAUGACAUUAUUAAGUAUUGCUGAUUCAAAAUUUAUUUAUUUAUUUUUUAUUUUUCUUUUGGAAAAUAAGAUUCAAAAUUUAUUCUUAACUGAUUUUUAUAUAAGUUACAUUAUGUACAUGGUGGAGCUAGUUUUUGUGAGGGGGACAUAUGACCCAUGUGAUUCUUUAUAGAAAAAGUUUACUUGUACUUUGAGAUAAAAAAAAAUGACGGAAAUGUAGCUUUAUUAACCUACAUAAAAUAUGCUUAUUAUGAAAUUGACCUCAAUAAAAGAUUUAGCUGGUUCCACUAUAUGCUUAAUUAUUAAGUAGCGUUAUAAAACGUCGAAAAUUUAGUUUCUUCAGCAAAUCAAGAAGUAAAACUAAGUCGCUGUCAAGUAUACUCCAGCGAAUUUGGCUUUAAGCAAUUUAAGUCAAGGAAUGACAGUUGUUCUUAAUGCUCGCUUAAUUUAUGUAAAGCUACGUAUGUGUAAUGCAAGGUAGCUUCCCAAUUAAUAACUGCGAAAUAUAUAUAUAUAUAUAUAUAUAUAUAUAUAUAUAUUAAACAUUUGAUCCCUACCCUAUUAGGUUAGUCUUAAUAUUCGUUUACGUCUUUAGAUAAGUGUAUAGUUUUAAAAUUUUAGAAAGUUUGUUAAUUAAAACGCAUUUUGAGAAGAAACCCAAAAAAGCGACCGACCGAUUCAAUACUUGUUCUAGGAACAAUUCUUUGGAAAAUAAUAUAGUACUAAUUAUUACUAAUAUAGUAAUUAAUAAGUAUAGUUGGAAGUAUGGAAUACGAAUCUCUUGGACCAACUCAGAAUUUUAUACGUGUUUUGUCACGUUGAGGUUCACCAGCAACGAAUUUUACUUUAUCUUAUGUGAAGUUUUUAAAAAUAGAAGUUAAUUGGCUUUUAUAGUCGAAGCUAAAGGUUUGAACUUAUCGAUAUAUUUAAAUGAAUGCAAGGCUGUAUUGGGCUGUAAUACAUAUGAUAUCAACGUAAAUAUUAAAAUCAAUAGUAAUUAUUGCGGUAUAAUCGUUACACUAAAAUUGAAAAGUUCUAAGAAAUGCACGAAGUAAAGAUUGGACGAGUAUGUGAUCAAGCGAUAAUGAAAAGAGUACGAGAUAUAUCACCACAUUUCAGACAUAAAAAACUAAAUCAUAUUUUUCUGGUUAUUCUAUGCAAGUAUGGAUUACUGUUUUUCGGUUUAUUUAGAUAUCCAGGAAAAAAAAUCUAUUUGUGAACUGCAUUUUUUAUUUAAAAUUAUGUAUGUAUCUUUAAUAGAUUUAGAUUAAUCUUUUCUGGUUGUAAGCUUCAGUCAGAAACUUCUAAUACUAAUUAAGGUGCAUUACUCAUUGCUAAAAGUGCCUUUUUUGGUCAACGGCUAUAUUCUUAUGUUGCAAGAGGUUAAUCCUUUUUGGCUCAAGAAAACUUUGGUUAAUGAUCUUGUACCUACAUGAUUAGUCGGUUGAAACAUUUUGACUCCUCGCUUGUUUGAGGCAUUUUGGAUUUAUCUUGUAACCAUAUCUCUCAGACUGACAUCUUAUUUAUAAUACCAGUGAAAAAAAAAAGAUUAAUCUUUUUAGUUUACAGAAAAAAAAAGAGAUUGGUUCCCAAUGGUCAAACACAUCUUUACACUAACACUACUUUUAUUAAAAUAGAACAGAGCAGGAAAAAAAAAGAACAGAGCAGGAAAGUGAUAUAAUAAUCUGAAACCAUCACUUUAAGGACGAUUCGGUUUCUUCGAUAACCUUUUUUUUUUUUUUGAGCAAAUCUACUAUUUGACUAUAUGGUCUACUAUUCACUUUUUAAACCAUAAUAAAAUACUAAAAAACAAGAGCCAUGUUAUCAAAACUAAUUAAUUUUGUUGAUUUUUUAGGUAGGUCAUUUUUUUUUUUUGAAAAGCGGUAGGUCAUUUCUUGAGGUGUUCGAAUGUGGAAACCUCUUCAACAAAGAGUUGAAACCAUGUUUAGGAUAAAUAAAAUCAUUGUAAAAUUAAGUCAGUUUUCACUUAGCAUGUACUUAUCCCUUUGUUACAAAUAUUUCUUGUGUUAAGAUUUGAAAAGUUACCAAAAUAUUGGUAGUUUAGUAAUGGUACAAGAAAGUUAAAUCAUUUAUAAUCCGAGUCCAAAUUACUUUUGGUAUAAAAUUUAUUUAUAAAAAUUAGAAUAUUUCAAAAAUGAUUUUGUUUAAAAUCUAAACACAGAACUUCCAUUUUAUAAUAUAAGAUUUGAAAGGUUUAACUCUGAUUUUCUUAGAAGUGUAGAUAAGCUUAAGUGUUUCACUGAGUUUAAGUCUAAAGUAAAUAAUAAUUAUAAUAUGGAUGAUUGGUUGAAUUUUAUCUCCGUUUUUAGUUUUAUUUAUUUUUAAAUCAAUAACUUUACUAAUUAUUAUGUAACUUUAUUUUUUUGAAAUUAUAGACUACAUCAAAUUUCUAUUUAUUUUUACCAAACAUGAUUUAUCUUUAUUUGUAAAACUACAAACA